AAUUUACGUGACUUCUUUUAUGGAUUUAUUUCUCAGAGAUUAUGGAAAAUUUAUUACGAGAAAAACAAAUUAGUGUCUUUCCUACAAUGGAUUCUCAAGAAGUUACUAAAGUCAUCAAUGGUUUAUUGUUGCUAGGCCUUGAGAUGGAAGGGGAUUUGAAAUAUUUAAAAGAGCAAGACCUAAUAACAUUGCUUCCUCCAAUUAAGUCUAGACGUUUUUUGUCUGUUUGUCAACCAGUUGAACUAUUACUAACAAAUGGUCCAUCAUCUUUAAGUUUGAUCUCUCCAGAACCCUCCAAUUCAAGUAUUAUUACAUCUUCAGAUUGGGCCCAAUCGUUUAUUGUAAACUGGGAAAAGUUUCCGUUAGAUUUUUUGAAAGAUUUAAACAAUAAGAAAAAGCCUACUGUGUCAAAUAUCCGACAAAUGGUUGGAUUAUUAAUGAGUGAUGUAUUUUUGUUUGAUCGUAAGCCAAGUCGACAAAAUUUGCGUAUUAUAGCUCAAAAGGUUGUUUCAAGAUUUCCUGAUUCAUUUGUAGAUGAAAUAAAUGGAAAAGUAAUAUCCAAUGGAGUUGAAACAUUAAUGUUUAGGAUGGAAUCCAGAAAAGAAAAUGCAAAUCGAAAUGUUUCUUUUUCAAGUACACCUGUUAUAUUAACAAAAAGAAUGAAUUUAAAUGUUCAUAGUAUUGAAAAUUGGGACCCAAAUUUAUCUAGUCAAUCUGUAGAGUUAAUAAAUAUCAAGGAACAGCCUCAACAAACCUAUAGAAUUCUGCCUUGGAAUACAAAUGAUGUUAAAAAAUUUAUGUCGGAUACUUAUUCACUACAGCGUCAAACAAUAAAUGCUGUCAUUCCUUUUGCAGAAGUAUUGAUUGAAUGGCCGUUUCUAUCUCAAAUAGAAUACCUUCAGGACCAUUUUUCCACUCUGAUGAAUUUUUCAUUAAUGGAAAGGUUAAAUAGUACAAUCAGCACCAAAUCAAGUCUUAUUUACAAUUUUUUUUCAAUUAAUUGUAGUAAAGAUUUAGUUAAGCAAGUUCUGCUUGAAGCAACAGUCAUAUGCAUGGAAAAUGGGGGAAUUGCACGAGCUGUUUGUUUGGCGUGGCUACCUCUGCUUAUAGCUUAUUUUGGCGAUAAAACUGAUCAUUUGAUACAAUCAGUAAAUCGUUUAGCAUCAAUUCAAGAAAUUGAAGAAAAUUGUCCAACAUCACAUCCUAUAAUUGUUGUAAAAGGAACUUGGCUUGAUUCAGAAAAUUUUUAUAUUUUGGUGGAAAAGAAAGUGUGCUAUACCUUCACUGAUGCUUUGCCAGCCAUUGGGGCAUUGUUUGCUGUUCAUUAUGUAAUGAAUAUGCAAUAUCAUCCAAAUGUUUUUGCUUCAUUAGAGUUUAUUCAAAGAUUUACCAAAUUCAUCAACGUAAUAUUUCUGCUUACAUCUGACUACAAUGAUUAUUUUUAUUGGCAUUUAGCACCAACAAUGGCAAAAAAUUGACCUUACGUAAAUCAUUCAUUUAGAGAAACAACUUUAAGGUUUUUUAUAGAUUAUUGCUUUGCUAAAUAAUAAAAUCUUACCCAAACACUUAUAUUAUUGUUUAUAUAUUUAUAUAUUAUGGUAUAUUUAUUUUUAUUUUAAAUUUCUAGUUGACUCGAUAUGAAAAAGAAAGGAAUAAACCUUGUUUUUGUGUAUUUGGAUUGAUUUUUUUAUAUUUUACGAAAUAUAUUUUAAUAUAUUUAAACAAAUAUAUAUUAAAUAAAAUAAGUUUAAAUAAGUUUUUCUAUAAAUAAAUCUAUAAUGUAAAUGAUUGUGUAAUAUUAUGUGCUUGUACUCUAUCAAAAUUGUUAGUUUUUUUUUAGGUAUUGUUUAUUUACUAAUUUAUGCAUGUAUUUGCUUUUAAUAUAAAAUGUAAA